AGAAAGUGUUUCCUGGAAGAGAAGUGCAAGAUAAUUUCACAGGAAGAUCAUCAACUUGCUUUGAACCGGAAGCUCUGCUUUUGAUCCUUGCCAGGAGAAUACCUUGGAAUCCCAAGGUUUUCUGCACAGCAUAAAGGAGCAACUUCAGAGCAGUGUAUUCAGAUCCUCCUCCCCCACCCCCCGCCAGCGUGUCUAUUGAAAAGUCUGGGAAUAAGAUCAGAUUUUGUUUCUCCCGUUGUCUUUUCUCUCCCCGUCCCCUCUACCCCACCCCAGGCCCUGCCUUCUGGAAGAAACAAACACCGAAGUCUUCCUGGAAUAUUGCGAUAACUUUGCGGACCUUUUUCAGCCCUGCAAGCAAUUUGGUGAAAAGAUGAGCGGAAGGAGGAUCAAUAUGUUUGUAACUGCCACCUUGUAUCUUCUCUCCCAAUUUGUCCUUUGCGAUGGGACCGGAGCUUCUGAGAAUGAGGAAUAUGCAGAGAUUAUUGGUCUCAGUUCAUCCCCACUCAUACUAGGCAUGUCAAUCUGUGCCUUGAAAGCUGAUCCUGGUCCCUGCAAAGCCCUGCACACCCGCUAUCAUUUCGACAUCCAUACUCGUCGCUGUGAACUUUUCAACUAUGGUGGAUGUCAAGGCAAUGAAAACAACUUUUUAACCCUAGACGAAUGUCAAGAAACCUGUAUCGUAAAAGAUGUGCCAGAGAAGACAAAGAAAUUAAGACUUAAGAAUGAAAAACCUUCCUUCUGCCUUUUGGAAAAUGACCCUGGUAUUUGCCGAGGAUUACUUUCCAGGUAUUUCUACAACAAAGAGUCACAGCAGUGUGAAAAAUUCCAAUAUGGAGGUUGCCUGGGAAACCAAAACAACUUUAAAUCUUUGCAAGAAUGCCAAAAUACCUGCCAUGACAGGGUCCCCUCAGCCAAUUCCCUAAAAAUAGAUGAUGACCACUUGGUUUUUAGUACUAUUAGUAAUAAUAGUGCUCCACUUAUAAAGCAAGAGUUAUCCCUGCUCCCUUCUCUUUGUGUGAUGCCCAUGGACAGAGGACUUUGCAAAGCAAAUGAGAAACGAUUCUUCUAUAAUCUAACUAUUGGAAGAUGUCGUCCAUUCAGCUACACUGGAUGUGGUGGGAAUGAAAAUAAUUUUACUUCUAGGAAGGCAUGUGUGAAGAUGUGUAAGAAAGGUUUCAUUUCAAAGAAGGGACAAAAAGGUGUCAUGAAAAUAAGUCGGAAAAGAAAGAAACAACUAGUCAAGCUGAUGGAUGGGGAAAUUGUUAUUGAAAGGAUUUAAGCACUAUAUAAUUAAACUGCUCUGAAAAAGUUUCAUUUGAAGACAUCUACUAUUCUUGUAUUAUCCACUUUAUUUAACAUUGUGCAUAAUUAUCAAGGUUUCAUAUAGCAACCUUUAUGUCUUUCUAUUCCCUUGGGGAUUUGCCAGGCAGAAGCCAAACUUUUUACUGUAAAAUUAAUGCUGUGACUUUUUUUCUAUGAUUAUUACAUAGAAUUGCAGAAUAAAAGGCUGUGACCCAGAGCUAGCUCACUUUAUCUUCUUAAUCUGACACUAUCUAAUCACUCUGACUUGUAAAUGAUACAGAAUUUGCCGAAUAUACAGGAUUGUGACUGCAGAUCAAUCUGUUUUAUUCCCACGAGGCGAUUGAUUUGCCUGAUUCCACGCUGUAUGGAUCCUUGGACAAUAGAAUACAGGUAAUCUUCGACUUACAACCACAACUGAGCCCAAAAUUUCUGUUGCUAAGUGAGACAUUUGUUAAAUGAAUUUUGACCAAUUUUAUGACUUUUCUUGCUACAAUUGUUAAGUGAAAUCAUUGCACUUGUUAAAUUAGUAACACAGUUGUUAAGUGAAUCUGGAUUCCCCAUUGACUAUGCUUGUCAGAAGGUUGCAAAAGUUAAUCACAUGGCCCCAGGGUCAUUGCAACUGUCAUAAAUAUGAGUCAGCUGCCAAGCAUCUGAAUUUUGAUCACAUGACGAUAGGGAUACUGUAAUGAUCGUUAGUAUGAAAAACAAUCAUGUCACUUUUUUCAGUGAUGUUGUAUAACUUUGAACAGUCAAUAAAUGAACUGUUGUAAGUCGAGGACUACCUGUAUUGGACUCCUUUGGAUAUACUUUAAUCAUUGAACCUUUAUGACAAUUAAUACAGUUUAGAAAUUUCAAUCAUUAGGUACUCUAGAAUUGAGAAAUUUAGGAAAAGAAAUUUAGUUAAAUUUAGCAGAGAAAUGUUAACAUCAGCUUAUUGCAAAUGUAAUAAAUCUUGAAAAUAAGAUGGAUGGUGUUUUGUUACAAAAAUAUACAAGAAGAAAUAAAUAAGAAGUGCUUUCCAGGUCACAAAAGUCAAGACUUCAAUUUCAUUUAAAUUUCUAUUUUAAAAGCCAAAGCUUUAAAUAAACACAAGGUUUAGUACAACUGUGCAAAAAUCUGGAUUCAGUGCAAAUCCCAAAAGUGCUUUUUCAAAAGGCAACUGAACUUUCUGGUUUUCCUCUGAAGAUGUUUCACUUCUCAUCCAAGUUUUUUCAAAGAAAACCCAGGAAGUCCAGUUGCCUCUUGAAAAAGCACCUUUGGGACAACCAUGACCUGAAUGACUAAAGAAUCCCCAUAAGACAUUCAGUCCAAAUGGGUGCACAAUUAGCACCUUCAGAGGUUUUUUUAAAGCAGUCAUAUCAAGAUUGACUGCUUUGUUUUUUUUAGUGUAAAUAUUCUGUCAAAAGCAAUAUAUAAAGCCCUGAUAUUUAGGCAUUUGUGUAUUUUACUGCAGGUUUUUAAACUCAUUGCUUCUUUUUUAAAAAGAUAAAUCAGAUUAAUUCAUUUUACUUUCUGUAAAUAUGUACUACCAAAUUCUAUAUUUAGUAAAUAGUUUUGAAUUUACUUUAUCCCUUUAUCAUAUAUAAGAAUAGUCAAGAACACUGUUUUUUAAAAAAUAUAUGUUAUAUUCAUAAAUACAUAAUGUGCUGUUACAUUUCUUUUUUAUCAGGUCAAUGUCUUCAAGAUGUAUAUAAACCCUCCUUAGUCUUUCUAUCAAAUCACUGUUUUUAAUUAAACUUGGGUUGAAUUAGGAAAGGAGGGCACUAAGAAAUCUUUACACCCAGGAGGGAAUGAAAUAGAGCAUGUUAAAUGAUUGUGUAUGGAAAAGAAGAGAGUGAACCUGAAAGAAGAAUUGAGGAUUGGUAAUUGUGGGGAAUUGUGAUGAAAUGCUCAUUUGACUCAGAGACGGCACAAGAAAAGGCUGAGGAAAGAUAUUUGAGUUCUGGGGAGGUUCAAGUCAGAAACAGAAAUUCAAAAAAACUUCUUGAAUGUGUUACUUGAACUAAGGGGCCUUGGACAGGCCUUCAAGAUUCUGUUACAAUAUCCAAACCACAUUAAACUUUAUU